AUGGCGGGAAUUCCUUUGCACAAAACCUACAACUCCGCAAUGGUGGAAGCAUGUGGUUAUGAUUCCAUGACUUUCAUUGAGAAAGAUUGUCGAAAUUAUAUUGAACAAGUGCGACGGUUAAGACUCGGAGAUGGAGAUGUCGCCGCAAUAAAAGCUUAUUUUGCGACUAUGCAAGCACGACGCUCGGGAUUUUACUUCAACAACAGGUGUAGGCAAGCUUACAAAGAGUUCGGUGAUGUUGUCACCUUUGAUACGACAUACCUGACAAAUAAAUAUGACAUGCCGUUUGCUCCAUUUGUUGGCCUCAAUCAUCACGGGCAAUCAAUGCUACUUGGUUGUGGCUUGAUAGCUAAUGAGGACACUAGUACAUUUGUCUGGUUAUUCCGGACAUGGUUGCAGUGCAUGUACGGUCAAACACUAAAAGGAAUAAUUACUGAUCAGGACAGGGCUCUGCAGAAUGCGAUUCAGAUUGUAUUUCCACAUACGAUGCAUAGGUGGUGUCUCUGGCAUAUCUUGAAGAAGUUGCCUGAGAAGUUUGACUAUCAUGUUGAUAAAGCGUCGAUCUUUUCCACUAUACAUGGAUUAGUGUAUGAUUCACAGAUCGUUGAAGAGUUUGAAGAAUGGUGGAAAGGGAUGAUUGAUAGGUACAACUUGUAUGAUAGUGAUUGGUUGUCUGGAUUGUUUGAAAGUAGAUGUCGUUGGGUUCCAUAUUUUUUGAAAACCACAUUUUGGGCCGGAAUGUUGACAACACAACGAAGUGAGAGCAUGAAUGCAUUCUUCGAUGGAUACGUGCAUUCAAAGACUUCAUUGAAACAAUUUUUCAAACAAUACGAAAGAGCACUGCGGAGCAAGGUUGAGAAGGAGUUUCAGGCUGACUUCAAGUCUUAUGCGCAAAUGGUGCCGUGUGUCACAAAUUAUGAUAUGGAAACUCAAUUUCAAAAGGUGUACACCAUAUCAAAGUUCAGAGAGGUUCAGGACGAGUUCAUCGGGAAGGUUUAUUGUGACAUCAUAUCUAUCUCGGAGGGAUGUUCAGGGACGAUUUACAAGGUUCUGGAGGAUGUCCUACUAUAUGGAGCGCAUCGGACGAAGAGGACCUUUUUCGUCUCAUUUACGAGGGAGACACGUGACAUUUUCUUGUCGGACAAGUUUAUUCUACGAAGAUGGAGGAGGGAUGUUAGUAGGGCACACACGAGGGUGGCAGUGUACUACGAUGGGUUGGUCAGUUCUCCGGCACAAUUGAGGUACGACGAUAUGUGUCGAGCAUUUUCGGAGGUGGCUGACCUUGUUGCGAAUGAUGAAGAAUGGAGUUCUGCAGUAAUGGAUUGGAUAAAACUUCAAGCGAAGGAGCUGAAGUCGAGUUGUGGUAGUCAUCCUAGUCAUGUAAUCUCUUGCGGGACGGAUUCUCAGAAUCGUUCCGGCGUCAAUGUACUAGAUCCCGUAUCAUCAAAACGAAGUGGUGCGCCAAGGAAACUUCGACGAAAAGGACUGUUGGAGUUAACGUUAAAGAAAGCAAAGGCAACUUCGACGUCAACAAAAGGCAAGCGGCCGACAGGUCAACAUAGUACUGCGGAAGAAGUUGUAUCAGAUGUUGACGCCUCUCAACAGUUUUUAUCCUUAACAUCGUUCGCAUGUUCGCAAUCCUUUAUGGGUGACAGUGGCCGCCAACAAGAAUUACAAUGA